AUGGAUCCCGCCGCAGCGAAACGCCCGGCCUCGACGUCGUCGACGCACGCCGGCGGGCCGGAGCUGUUCGGCAAGACCGACGACCUGGCUCUGAGAGACAUGUCGGACAAUGAUGCCGUUGCUGAAACGAGCGACGAGAUGAACCAGGACCGCAUGAAGCAUGCCGCCGCCCAGGGCAACGCCCACUUCCACCGUCUGGGCUGGAAGCGCCUCGCCGUCGUCACCAUCGUCGAGGCCAUCGCCCUCGGCGCCCUCAGCUUGCCGAAAGCCUACAGCAUCCUCGGCAUGUUCCUCGGCGUCUUCCUCACCAUUGGCCUCGGCUUCAUCGCCAUCUUCACGAGCUACCUCGUCGGCCAGGUCAAGUUGGCCUACCCCGACGUCUCCCAUUACGCCGACGCCGGAAGGCUUCUCUUCGGUCGCGUUGGCUACGAGGUCUUCGGCGCCGCCCUCGUGCUCGAGCUCAUGAUGGUCGUCGGAUCGCACGCCCUUACCGGCAGCAUCGCCCUGCAAAACAUCAGCGGAAGCGGCAUCUGCUCCAUUGCCUUCUCCUGCAUCUCGGCCAUCAUCCUCCUCAUCCUCGCCAUCCCGCCCUCCUUCACCGAAGUCGCCAUCCUUGGCUACAUCGACUUCGCCUCCAUCGCGGCGGCGGUCGCCAUCACCAUCAUCGCCACCGGUGUUCAGGCCGCCGACGCCCCUGGCGGCCUCCCCGCCGUCGCCUGGUCCGCCUGGCCCAAGAGCAACGUCUCCUUCUCGGAGGCCUUUGUCGCCGUCAGCAACAUCAUCUUCGCCUUCAGCUUCGCCAUCGGCCAGUUCUCCUUCAUGGACGAGAUGCACACCCCCAAUGACUACAUGAAGUCCAUCUGGGCAUCCGGCGUCGUCCAGAUCGUCAUCUACACUCUGACUGGCGCCCUCUGCUACGCCUUCAUCGGGCCCGACGUCCAGUCGCCUGCGCUCCUCUCGGCGGGGCCCCUCAUCUCCAAGAUCGCCUUUGGCGUUGCCCUGCCCGUCAUCUUCAUCUCCGGCUCCAUCAACUCGACCGUUGCACUUCGCUACCUCCACGGCCGGCUCUGGAAGACGUCGAUCAAGCAAUACAUCAACACGCCCUCCGGAUGGGCAGCCUGGAUCGGCCUCUUGACCGCCUUUACCAUCAUUGCCUGGAUCUUCGCCGAGGCCAUUCCCAUCUUCAACGACCUGCUCUCCCUCGCUUCCGCCCUCUUCGUCUCCGGCUUCUCCUUCUGGAUCCCGGCCAUCAUGUGGUUCCUCUUGCUGUGCAAGGGCAAGUGGUUCGCCCGCGAAAAUCUCCUCAUGAGCGUUGGCAGCAUCGUCUCCUUCAUCAUCGGUGCCGUCACGCUCGUCGCCGGCACCUACGCGACCAUUGUCGAUAUUAACAUGAUCACUUCCAAGGGCACCGCACACCGCCCCUUUACUUGUCGAACGCCAUAG